CACUGUGCAAGAUUAUGUGACUGUGUUACAUUCGUGUUUUCCGAUUUGGUGCUGUGCACACGUGUAAUGGUUGAUCCGUUUAAAGUCUUUUGGGUGUUAACCAACAGCACUUACUUAGUGACCAAGUUCAUACGUAUUGGCAUCGCCGACAAGAAUGACAACCCGCCUUAUUUCGAUAAGGCCCUCUACGAGGCGGAGGUCGACGAAAAUGAAGAUAUCCAGCAUACUGUGCUUACUGUCACCGCCAAAGAUCAGGACGAAUCUUCGCGUAUUCGAUACGAGAUCACAAGCGGUAACAUAGGUGGCGCUUUUGCUGUAAAGAAUAUGACUGGGGCCAUUUACGUUGCUGGAGCGUUAGACUAUGAAACCAGGAAACGGUACGAGUUGAGACUGGCAGCAUCAGAUAAUCUAAAGGAAAACUACACGACGGUCGUGAUCCACGUGAAAGACGUCAAUGAUAAUCCUCCAGUGUUCGAGAGACCCACAUAUCGGACUCAGAUAACAGAAGAAGAUGAUCGUAAUCUUCCGAAAUCGGUUUUGAGGGUGACAGCGACCGAUGGCGACAAAGACAGACCACAGAAUAUUGUCUACUUCUUGACCGGUCAAGGAAUUGAUCCGGAUAACCCUGCGAAUAGCAAAUUUGACAUCAACCGAACCACCGGUGAAAUAUUCGUCUUGAAGCCUCUGGACAGGGAUCAACCUAACGGUCGACCACAAUGGCGGUUCACAGUGUUCGCCCAGGAUGAGGGCGGAGAAGGUCUGGUAGGAUACGCCGAUGUUCAAGUAAAUCUCAAAGACAUCAACGACAAUGCUCCCAUAUUUCCGCAAGGCGUUUACUUCGGCAAUGUCACUGAGAACGGUACUGCCGGUAUGGUUGUGAUGACGAUGACCGCCGUAGAUUACGAUGAUCCUUCGGAAGGUACCAAUGCGCGUCUAGUGUACUCGAUCGAAAAGAACGUGAUCGAAGAGGAAACUGGUUCGCCGAUAUUCGAAAUCGAAUCGGAAACGGGCGUGAUUAAAACCGCGGUGUGUUGUCUCGAUCGCGAACGAACUCCCGAUUAUUCUAUCCAAGUGGUCGCAAUGGACGGUGGUGGUUUAAAGGGCACAGGAACGGCCAGUAUCAGAGUGAAAGACAUAAACGAUAUGCCGCCGCAGUUUACCAAAGAUGAAUGGUUCACGGAAGUGGACGAAACUGACGGGUCCACGUUACCGGAAAUGCCCAUAUUGACGGUAACGGUUCACGACGAAGACGAAACUAACAAGUUCCAGUAUAAAGUGAUCGAGAAUAGUGGCUAUGGCGCCGAUAAGUUCACGAUGGUACGAAAUAAUGACGGCACGGGAUCGUUGAAAAUCGUCCAGCCGUUGGACUUCGAGGAUCUCCUGCAAAGCAACGGAUUUAGAUUUAGAAUCCAGGUGAACGACAAAGGUGAAGACAACGACAACGACAAAUAUCACGUCGCCUAUUCGUGGGUGGUCGUGAAACUCCGCGACAUUAACGACAAUAAACCUCUGUUCGAGAGGCCCAACAUCGAAGUAUCAGUGCCUGAAAACGCGGAAGUUGGCAAAAGUUUGGAAACUUUCAAAGCGGCCGACCCGGAUCAAGGGGGCAAAAGCAAAGUUUCUUACGCAAUAGACAGAAGCUCCGAUCGCAAACGACAAUUCUCGAUAAACCAAGAGGGUACGGUAAGCAUCCAACGGUCUUUAGACCGCGAAGACACGCCCAGACAUCAAGUGAAAAUUCUCGCAAUCGACGACGGUAUCCCACCGAAAACCGCGACCGCCACUUUGACCGUUAUCGUGCAGGAUAUCAACGAUAACGCGCCAACUUUCUUGAAAGAUUAUCGACCCGUCAUUACCGAGCACGUAGCACCGAAAAAAGUCGUCGAAAUUCUGGCCACCGACGAUGACGAUCGUUCCAAAAGUAACGGACCUCCGUUCCAGUUUAGGCUGGACCCUAGCGCCAGUGAUUUGGUCCGGGCCAGUUUUAAAGUCGAACAGGAUCAGAAGGGGGCAAAUGGCGAUGGAAUGGCCAUCGUUACGUCGCUUAGAAGUUUCGAUAGAGAGCAGCAGAAGGAAUUCCACAUCCCGAUCGUGAUUAAAGAUCACGGCAAUCCGGCCAUGACCGGUACCAGCACUUUGACCGUUGUGGUUGGAGACGUGAACGACAACAAAAUGCAACCGGGGGCAAAGAACAUAUUCGUUUAUAAUUAUCAAGGUCAAGCUCCGGAAACGGAGAUCGGUAGGGUCUAUGUGUACGAUCUGGACGAUUGGGACUUACCAGACAAAAAGUUCUAUUGGGAAAACAUCGAACAUCCUCGAUUCAAGCUAAACGAAGACACCGGAAUGAUUUCAAUGAGGCACGGCACCAGAGACGGGAUCUACCACCUACGUUUCAAGGUUUACGAUAGGAAACACACGCAGACGGAUGUCCCAGCUAACGUUACCGUUACCGUGAAAGAAAUUCCACACGAAGCUGUUGUCAAUUCAGGAUCGGUAAGGAUCGCAGGCAUCACCGACGAACAGUUCAUCAGGGUGUGGGACUACAAACAACACGAUUUACCUAAGAGUAUGGCUGAAAAGUUCCGUGAUAAAAUCGCAGAUUUGCUGAACAUAGACAGGGAGAACGUGGACGUCUUCAGUGUUCAGCUCAGGAGAAAACAUCCACCAGUGACCGACGUCAGAUUUUCGGCUCACGGCGGGUCACCGUACUACAAACCAGUGAGGCUCAACGGGAUGGUACUGAUGCACAGAGAAGAAAUCGAACGAGCCGUCGGCAUCAACAUCACUAUGGUCGGAAUUGACGAGUGCCUAUAUGAGAACCAAAUGUGCGAAGGCUCUUGUACCAACACCCUUGAUAUAAGUGCCUUGCCUUAUAUGGUGAAUGCAAACAAAACGGCAUUGGUGGGAGUCAGAGUCGACGUACUAGCCGAGUGCACGUGUGGCGCCAGGAAUUUCUCCAAAGAGGAGAAUUGUCGGAACACCCCGUGCUACAAUGGCGGGCGUUGCAUCGAAACGCGCUACUCGUUGUCCUGUUCGUGUCCGGCGGGAUAUAACGGGCCGAGGUGUCAGCAAACGUCCCGCAGUUUCAGGGGAAAUGGAUGGGCCUGGUAUCCGGCAUUGGAAAUGUGCGACAAGUCGCAUUUGCACUUUGAAUUCGUGACGCGCAAACCGGACGGCCUGUUGAUUUACAACGGCCCUAUCGUACCUCCCGAAAAAGACGAAAUCAUGGUGUCCGAUUAUAUAGCGGUCGAGCUAGAGAGGGGCUACCCCAGAUUACUUUUGGAUUUUGGAUCGGGCACGCUCGAGUUGAGGGUGAAGACCAAGAAAACCUUGGACGAUGGAGAGUGGCACAGGUUGGAUGUAUUCUGGGACACCGAAAAUGUCCGCAUGGUGGUAGACUACUGCAAGUCGGCUGAAGUAUCAGAGCUGGAAGACGGAACUCCUCCCGAAUUCGACGACAGUAGCUGCCAAGCCCAAGGCACGAUACCACCUUUCAACGAAUACCUAAACGUGAACGCACCAUUACAACUGGGCGGGCUAUACGUGGAGCAGUUCGAUCCCACCCAUUACCACUGGCAAUACAUGCCCGUAGGUAAAUCGUUCGACGGUUGUAUCCGAAACCUCUUCCACAACUCGAAACUAUACGAUUUGGCCCAUCCGGGCCUAUCGAGGCACAGCGUCGCGGGCUGCCCCCAAACUGAAGAGGUUUGCGGCCGAUCAGAGUCGACGUCCAGGUGUUGGGAACAUGGAACCUGCGUCGGUAGCAUGAACGAAGCUAAAUGCCAGUGCCGGCCCGGAUGGACCGGACCUUCUUGCUCAGUACCGACCAUUCCUACAAGCUUCAAACCCCAGUCGUACGUCAAAUACGCUUUAAGCUUCGAGCCUGAUCGGUUCUCGACCCAAGUCCAGUUACGAUUCCGCACGCGAGAAGAACACGGUGAACUGUUUCGCGUCUCAGACCAGCACAACCGCGAAUACGGCAUUCUAGAGAUCAAAGACUCGCGACUCUAUUUCCGGUAUAAUCUUAAUUCAUUACGGACAGAAGAGAAAGACAUUUGGUUAAGUGCGGUGCCGGUAGACGACGGCCAGUGGCACGUCGCGCGGGUUAGCCGAUACGGAUCGGCGGCCACGCUCGAAUUAGACGGUGGCGAGGGUAGACGAUACAACGAAACAUUCGACUUUGUCGGCCACCAAUGGCUGCUGGUGGAUAAACAAGAGGGGGUGUACGCUGGAGGCAAAGCCGAAUACACUGGCGUUAGGACGUUUGAGGUGUACGCCGAUUAUCAGAAAGGUUGUCUAGACGACAUAAGAUUAGAAGGCAAGCAUCUUCCAUUACCACCUGCCAUGAACGGAACCCAAUGGGGCCAAGCCACGAUGGCCCGAAAUCUCGAAAGGAACUGCCCUUCAAACAAGCCUUGCGCGAACGUCCUCUGCCCGGAACCUUUCGAGUGCGUCGACUUGUGGAACGACUAUGAAUGCACCUGCGGAGAGGGGCGAGUUAUGUCGCCGGACAGCAAAGAUUGCACGGACAAGGACGAAUGCUUAGACUUGCCCUGUCUGCACGGAGGGACCUGUAUCAAUUUGGAGCCCGAUCUGCGGUACCGCUGCGAGUGUCCCGAUGGUUUCUGGGGCGAAAACUGUGAAUUAGUCCAAGAGGGUCAAACGCUCAAACUUAGCAUGGGCGCGUUGGCGGCAAUUUUGGUGUGCCUGCUCAUCAUUUUAAUUCUAGUAUUAGUGUUCGUGGUAUAUAACCGAAGGCGUGAAGCCCACAUCAAAUACCCGGGCCCAGACGACGAUGUCCGGGAAAAUAUUAUCAACUACGACGACGAGGGAGGCGGCGAGGACGACAUGACAGCAUUCGACAUUACACCCUUGCAGAUUCCCAUUAACGGACCCCAUCCGGAGAUUGAUCCGAACAAAAUUGGAUUUACAAUGUUGGGCAUUGGACAAGAACCCAAUGUGGGAACUUUUAUCGAAGAGCAUAAGAAACGCGCGGAUAAUGAUCCAAACGCGCCACCUUUUGACGAUCUGAGAAAUUACGCGUACGAGGGCGGCGGCAGCACAGCCGGUUCGCUCAGCUCCUUAGCUUCCGGUACCGAUGACGAAGAACAAAACUACGGAUACUUGGACGCUUGGGGCCCUCGAUUUGACAAACUAAGCGACAUGUACACCGGUCCGGCCCUAGAAACCGAACUCGAAGAGGAAUAAAUAGUUAACAACAAUCGAACGAUAAAGUAGGGCGUUAUUCGCGGUCCCCCAGAAAAUAACUGCGAAAAUGCCGCACACGUAUCGGCGGCGCCACAUUCCUCCCGGGCGACGUCAAGCUUUUUGUCAAAUUGUGUGUCCGAUAAGACUGUUUCCGCAGUUACCCGCUGCAUUAUUCAUAAUGUAACGUAAGAGAAUUAUUUGUAGAGAAUUUAAUCCGACUGGACGAGUUUGUGGAAAACGUCACAUAUUGCGAGAGCGUGUGCCGAUGAACGUCUUGCAACAAAAAGUCAAUUACGAUUAAUAUUAACCUCUAAGCUAAGUCAUAUACCAAACACCUAGUAGGAUGCAUGAUGAUAGCAGGCAUCAAUGGUACUUAUAAUUUUUCUACAAUACGUUAGAAUUGGUCAAUUUCGAUAAUUUUGUAGCUAUAUAAUAAUAAAAGCUGCUUCAAAUUCUCAACGCAUUAUAUAUAAAACCAUAAUAGGUUUCUAAAUUCGGCUCAAAACUAUCCUGAUUCUUGUGCCUUGUUUUUGUAUUGAAUAAAGCGCUAGCGAGAGUUUUUAUUUGUUUACUACUUUAAUUUGGACAAUAAUUUUCAGUUACCAAUUAAACAAAGCAAACAGUUAAUAAAAAAAUUAAUAAACCAACUUGUUAAUUUUGGAAAGUGCUCUCCUCAAACUUGUAGCAUGAGCAUUAAGAUAUCUUUGUUAAUAUUUUAAGCUGAUAAUUUUUGGUGCAGCUGGGUGUCGGUAGCAGUUGAUAUCAAGCUUUAAAAUUGAUAGUUUGUCAAUACUACGGAAAUACUACUCUCCGUAUUAUCUAAUAUGUUGGUUGUUUGGUGUAAUGUGUCAAAAAUGGUUGUCGUCAUCAGUUUUAAAAUUUCCUGUGUAGUUAAGUUAAGAAAAUUAUCGCUGGUACCUAAUUUUUGAUAUCGGGGUAAACCAGAUUUCCGUCAAUAAUGUUGGGCGUUUUAUAUAUAAGAUUAACAAAUGGUAGUUGACAAAAUUUUUUUGGUCGUUGCCUUUCAAAAACCCUCGUGUGGGCGUCAACACGUCAUGGUUUAAUACACUUUUUGACACUAGCUUAUACGGUAUAGGUUAUAGUUAACUUUGCGCUCGGAGCUAACCCGUCGCGUUGUAUUAAACCGGUUCUUAAUCGAAGUUAUAGUGAUAUAUUGCCGAAUGUUUUAUCUAGAACUAAAUACCCUUAUCCUUUUUGACGCAACAGCUCUUAUUAGUCUCGCUGCCUCGUCGUUCUCCCGACACAUGAGUAUCGUGAAUGAUAUUAAUAGCAAAUUUAAGACUUUUUUUGGAAGAAGUUCUUCGACAACGCGUCCUUUAAUUCUUAGUUCUUUUACCUCACUGCCACACUGUUUGUGUACAAUACCAUUAUUUACCAAAGAUUUCUAUUUCGUAGGUUUACUAUGGGUUGUUUUAAUCAAUAUGUGGCUUCAAAUAGCAAAUUUUAAUGUUGUCUCUAAUGUAUGAAAUUAAAUGUCGAAAAGAAUAAAAACGCGUUUCUACUUAAAUACUUAAAUUCCUAAAGCAAUAGUUGCCAUUCGGCAAAACAUACUUUCGUUCGGGUAUUAUAAUUUAUAUUAUAUCGAAAACCAAUAUUUUCCUGGUAUCUCUAUUAAGCACACAACGAAUAACUUUGUUAAAUUGAUUUCACUUUUAAAAAUAUGUACAUUGAAAGAGAUUUAGGUUAGGAAAUAGAUACCUCAUAUUUACACUUUUUAAACUGUAUUGUUUGUUCUCGACACUCCAUAGGCAAAACAUAUUUGCCUACAUUGUACAUUGUAAAUAAAUUGAAUCCUUCUGGUAUAUUUUCAAUAAAUGCAAUUUUACAACAAUAGGUUGCCAAGUUUCCAAAAGGGUGAUACUUCAUUUACACAAUACACAGUAAUCAUUUAAACUUUGCUGCAAUAUUUUAUAAUAUUUGCUAUGAGUUAGUAAAACUAAGGUUAAAGCAACCCAUUUCUUGGUAUGUGGAGUUUUCCAAACGAAAUAAUUGUUAAACGUAUCAUAUUUUAUUUGUAAAGCACAUUACUAAUAAGACUAAUAAAGAAAUACAACUUUCUAAGACCGUAUUUCCUACCUAAUUUGUAGGUCAAGUCACUAAUUAUGUUUUAGAUGAAAUUAUAAUAUGAUAAUACAGGUUAAUUAGAACUUAGGUUUCACUGUGAAUGGCUGUUAAGUAUGCAGUACUUCGUGUAUAUAAAGAGCAUCCAAUCACGCGUUUUUUUUUUUUUUUCAUAUUUAAUUAGACGCUAAGUUAACUUUUAGGUUAAGUUAAAGGAAAAGACGUUCGAUACUCAUACGUUGUGUUAUUAAUUUUAAUACUUAAUCGAAAGGGUAGUAUUUAGUUUUUGAUAUCGCUGAAAAAUUGUAAUGUACUCUUUUAGCACCGAAUCAUAAAUAAUCAGACACUGUCCGUUUUAAAAACAAAGUAAAUUCAUACCCUUCACACUGGAAGGGCAUCAAUCUACCUAUAGGAAAUAUUUAGAGAAUGUACACGAAUAAUAUCUUCAACUCAUUUAAAUGUAAGCAAUUGAUUUUGUAGGUAUGUAUAUAGCGCAGUGUAUGUAAGGUGAACGGAUGGAUGAUCAUAUGAUCGGAGCGCAAGUUGUGCCAAUAUUAACUUAAUAAAUGUAAUUAAAACCCAGAAUGCUGUGUAUUAACUAUCAAAUUAUGUGUUUGCACCAAAUGUCUCGUUAUAAUUUAAUACUGUAUACUCGUUACAUUACAAAAUAAUGAUCUUAUGAUUUAGCACCUCUUUAUCAUCAAUAUUGUAUCAUUUUGUUUUGUUUUUUUAACGUUUAAAUUUGGUUAAAUUUGCAUACUUUGAGUGCUAAUAAUGAGUUUGGAGGUUCCUUGUUUUGAAGGAUUCAUAGUGAUUUGUGUAUCUGUGGUCCAUUACGAAAUUCGAUUGGAUUUUUUUAUUUAAUAAACUUCUAUA